UGAAGUUGAAAGUCGUGGUGAAGAUCUUCGUCGAAUUGGUCCAACAAAAAAUGGAAAUCGAUCUACUUACUGGCACGCGACACGCGACAAACCGGACGCAGGGGCGCAGGCUCAAACACACAUCGAUGUUGUACGCCGCUUGUUUUCCGCAUACGGUUUCUAUGGCGACGCUAGUCGCGUUCAAACAGAACCUGAUAUUUUGAUUUCAAUCAUCUCAUCGCAUCGACAACAUGGAUAUGUACGACGAAAUGUAUGAAAUUAAAAAUAGUCGCGAAAUUGACGAUAGUCCACCGCCCGAUUUGGACGUUUCCAGUUCGUUGCAGUUUGUAAACGAGGAACCGCUUGAAGAUAAUCCGAAAGCGGCUCAGAACGUCAAAGUUGACCCGAUCGAUGAUGUGGAUGAGGAAAUAACAAAGGUCACUGCUAGUAAGCCCAGCGAUAUCUUCAAGAAACGAGAGAGCUUGCAGAAGCAUGAUUCCUUGACGGACAGCAGUGCCAGCGUUUCGGAAGAUGAGAAGGAAAUCCCCAAGAGCCUGGUCGAAGAAAAGGAAUUCAAUCCAAAGUUUUACGAGAACAUUGAGGCACCUAGCGAGGUGAAGGAUUUGUUUCAAUACAUAACACGAUUCUCGCCGCAGCGCAUUAGCAUAGAUUACAAGUUGAAAAUUUUCGUACCCGAUUUCAUUCCAUCGGUUGGAGAUAUCGAUGCUUUCUUGAAAGUUUGUUCGCCGACUUUCAUAAAUGAGGAGAAGAAAAAGGUCCUCACAGAGCACAUCAAGAAGCUUGGACUGGAGACUCUAGAUGAGCCAUGCGGCGAUCAAAGUGACCGGGUGCUGCUGCAGAUGAAAAUGCGAUCUAUUUUCACCAAGCCCCUGGAGACGCCGUCAGCGAUUGCAAAGUCAUCCAAGGACGUCGACCGGUGGAUAACGGAAAUCCAGUCACUCAAGGCGAAUCAAUCGGCUCAGAACAUAAACUCCCUCCGCCCGAUGGUGAACAUUGACAAUCUGAUGUCGGAGUGGCCUGAGGAGAUUGAAAAAAUUCUCGACACGGUUGGAUUUCCCUCAGCCGACUUGAAUUGUUCGCUGAGUAGGUAUAUUGAAGUUAUUUGUAACAUUUUUGACAUUCCAGUACAGCAGAUCAAUGGACAAGCGGGGUACAUACAGGCAUUGUAUAAUUUAUUCAAUCUGUAUUUAGCAGUUAAGCAGCAAGGUAACGCGUAAUCAUUGUCUAAAAGGAACUUAAUAAAUCUAAGAAAUCAACUGAAGGUAAA